AUGAAGUACUCUGAGAUCGCCGAGCGUAAACAGGCCCAGCUGUGGGAGCGCAUUCCUCAAGAAUGGCGCCUUUCUCCCUCUCUUAUCCCCGCGGGGAUGCAUUCCCCCGCGGAGUCUGUUGCCAACGUCCAGUACGACCGGGUCAAUGUGAUGGACAUUCCUCGAUCAUGCGGUCUUCUAUCAGCUAGACAGAUUGAAAUUACAGAGAACUGGGAUAUUAAAGGUUUACUGAAUCAAAUUCAGAGCCAAAAUCUCACAACAAAAGAAGUCAUCGAAGCCUUCUGCAAGAGAGCUUCCAUUGCUCACCAACUAACCCGAUGCCUGACUGAACCGCUCUUCGAAUCUGCUCUUCAGCGAGCACAAGAGCUAGACGACCACCUUCGUCGCACUGGCACGCCCAUCGGCCCUCUACACGGCCUGCCUGUCUCAGUCAAGGACUCUUUCAACAUCCGCGGCGUCGACGCCAGCGUCGGCAUUGCGGCUCUCGCCCUUCGCCCAUGCGAGGUAGAUGCACCACUCGUCUCCCUCCUCAAAUCUCUCGGCGCGAUCAUCAUCACCAAAACCAACGUCCCCCAAACCAUGGGCGCCUUAGACUCAGCAAACCACCUCUUCGGCCGCACCCUCAACCCGCGCAACCGCCAGCUCACAGUCGGUGGAUCCACCGGCGGCGAAGGCGCCCUCCUCGCCCUCCGCGGCUCCAUGAUCGGCUUCGGAACGGACAUCGGCGGCUCCAUCCGCGUCCCAGCCAUGUGCAACGGCCUCUACGGCUUCAAACCAAGCAACGGACGUGUCCCAUACGGCGGCCAAACAGACGGCCAGCCCAAAGCGAAAGGCCGCAUCUCAAUCCAAGCCGUCGCCGGACCCCUCGCCCACUCCAUCGCCGAUAUUGACGCCGUAAUGGCCCACCUCAUCCCUCGGGCCCAGUGGUUCGGCGAGGACUGCAUCCCAGGCGCAUGGCCAUCCCCGCUCUCAUCCUUCGGCAGAAACAGCAAUAGACCGAUAACAAUCGGUGUCCUCCCAUCUGAUGGACUAGUCGAGCCGCUGCCUCCGGUAACAAAGGUCCUCAACGAAGUCGCCAACGCCCUCCGCCGCACCCCAGGCGUCAAUGUCGUCGAGAUCCCGGUCCCCAAGAUUCUCUCAAAAUGCCAGUCCAUCGCCGGCCGUCUCAUGGGUGUCGACGGCGGCGUCAACAUGAUGGAUCUCCUCGAGAGCACAGGCGAGUCACUCAUCCCAUGGCUCCAGACGCGCAUGGCGCGCGGGAAACCGAUGCUUCUCUCGCAACUCGCCGAGCUCCAAGCGACCCGGGGCGCCGUUGAACUCGAGCUACGUAAAAAGUUGUGGAUGCAGGGUGGGAGUGGGAACGAGCAGACGAUCGACGCGAUCAUUCACCCCGUUGCACCGCACCCAGUCCCCGAGCUGGAUCGGUAUAAUGCAGUCGGCUAUACGUCUAGUUUUGUACUGCUGGAUUACCCGGCUGGAUCACUUCCUAUUCGGAAGUUCGGGGAGGCGGAUUUGGAGAGGGGAGUCGAGAUGGGUGAGAAGGUGAUUGGGAGUUGGGAUAAGGCCAAUCGGGAGCUUUGGAAUGAGAAAACGGUUGACCGGACGGUUUAUCUAAAUUCGCCGCUGAGUGUCCAGGUUGUGACGCCGAAGCAGCAUGACUAUGAGCUCUUCCAGGCGAUGGAGCUUAUUGAUCGGGCUAUCAAGACGGAUCGGUCAAAGCUGUAG